AUGGAUGCUGAAACCUCGGUGCUGGACAAAUAUGUUGGACAAAGAGUAGAUGGGGGACUACCUGACGAAGUCUAUGACAUCUACAAACCAGGAGCUGACUAUACUAGAGGCUUAAGGCAGUCCAUAGGUGUCAUAGAGUUUGAAGACUUCCUCAAAACCUAUCUCCCAGAAGAGAGCAAUGAUGGUGAUAAGGCCUUGAAGGAGAAUCUGAGGAAGAUUCUUGAUUUUCCAAAAGAUGAUAAGUUGAGGGUUAUGCUGGAGGAAGCAAUUGAUAGUGUCAAGUUUAAUACCAGAAGGCUCCUACGUCGUCAAGCUUGUGGAAACAAGGUACUAAGAGGAAGACACGAGUGGGAGCAUCACAGACAAGGCCGUGUACAUCGUAAGAGAACCACACAACUUAAAAAAGCUCAAAAUUUCAAAAGCAGGGAGAAGCAACAACAAGAAGAGGAAGUGAAGAUUGCAGAGAGACAUCAUGAAAACUGA